ACGUGAUGACUGCUCUGAGCCGAGGCGAGACCGCAGAGGCGGGCAGCAACCAACAGAUUCAUGGGAAGACAACUUCUCUGAAGAGCCCCUUGUUCUCCACAGAGAAACUAGACAGGGUUCAGACACCCCUGGACUCCAGUCUGCACUGGCCAGAAGGCUUGAAGGGUGAAGAGAUAAAGAAGUACAGUCGAGAAGGGACACUACUAAGUAAAUACAACCAGCAAUACCACAAGCUGUUCAAAGACAUCCCCUUGGAGGAGGUGGUUCUCAAAGUGUGUUCCUGUGCCCUUCAGAGGGACCUCCUUCUCCAGGGCCGGCUCUAUAUCUCCCCCAACUGGCUCUGCUUCCAUGCCAGCCUCUUUGGCAAGGAUAUCAAGGUGGUCAUUCCUGUGGUGUCUGUGCAAAUGGUCAAAAAACACAAGAUGGCACGGCUCCUUCCCAAUGGCCUGGCCAUCACCACCAACACUAGCCAGAAGUAUGUUUUUGUGUCAUUGCUCUCCCGGGACAGUGUAUAUGACAUGCUGAGGAGGGUCUGCACUCACCUACAGCCUUCCAGCAAGAAGAGUCUGAGUGUAAGAGAAUUUUCAGAGGAACCUGAGUGCGAGUCUCUGGAAGUCCUCAUCCCUGAGAUGAAGUGGAGGAAAGUGUGCCCUGCCUCCAGGUCCCUGUCCCUCCCAGACAGCAUCCCUUGUAUCCCUCGGGCAUCCAUGGACUCCCCGGACAGCUUCUUCCCUUCCAGGAAACCUCGAGGGUCUGAGAAUGCUGUCCAUGAGGAGGAGACGUUGGAGGAGGAGCCCAGGAGCAAGGAAGAGCUGAGGCUCUGGAAUUACCGGCUCCUCAAGGUCUUCUUUGUGCUGAUCUGCUUCUUGGUCAUGUCCUCAUCCUAUCUGGCAUUCCGCAUUUCCCGGCUGGAGCAGCAGUUAUGCUCCCUCAACUGGGAUGGCCCAGUCCCUGGGCACAGGUGA